GUGAAACGGCAGGACUAUGUCAUCUUCAAAUGGUUUUCUUCUGUCUUCAAAUGUGGUGACAGACGCUGCAACUGACAUUGACAACACAAGUUUCAGGGGCUAUUUCCCAAAAUGCAAACCCGCGCUGAAAACCUACGGAAGUCGGAGAGAAGACGAGUUCGAAAGUCAAAUAGAGGGCGGCUUCGAGUUUUUGAGCACUGGCAGGAGUGACAUGCAGCCAAAGCGUCCGAAAGACCAAGAUAUUUAUUCCCUGGAAGGGUCAAACCGCCAAUCUAUGUAUGAUUCCGGACUUGGGGACAGCCUCGUGAAACACGUGGCGGGGGAGCAUCAACACGACUUCGGCCGGUUCGAGGUGAAUGACAGCCAUAAGAGGCGAGGGGAAAAUAACCAUGAACGAGUGAGUCAUCAGGGCACCAACCACAAUUAUGCCAGCAACGAGACUGAUGAAGGAUACGCCGGGUCCAGUUGGAACUAUGGCAAGAGUGGAGCGAAUAACCAACUUUUGGUUCCGAGGAACGCUGAAGGAGACACGGUAUUGCAUCUUAUGAUUCUCUACAUGCUACUGGAAGAAAUCUCAUUUUUUAUCGGCAUGGCGACCAGCCCAUCUCAGCUGAACAUUGUAAAUGACAUGCAGCAGUCCCCGCUCAUCCUCGCUGCCAUGAUGAAGCAGUGGAGGGUAGUCCGGAGACUUCUGGUGGCUGGAGCGGAUCUCAUGCUCACCGACAGGCAUGGGAACACCCCGCUUCAUAUCGCCGCAAGAAACGGAGACUUGGAGACAGUUGAGGAACUGACGAGACCCGUUACGGCGGCUGAAGCAAGAUUGGUGAAAUAUUCCGUCGAAACGCAAAGAAUCCCACAGAAUAUGAAUUUGAAAAAUUAUGAAGGUUAUGCACCGAUCCAUCUCGCAGCAGCAGAAGGACAUCCGAACGUUGUUGAAUAUCUGGUUAAGCUUGGAGCUGAUGUUGAUGAAAUGGAGGCGAAAAGUGGUCUUCGGCCUAUCCACAUCGCUAUAGAGAAUGGAGACAGAGAGCUUAUCAGGGUUCUCGUCGAGGAGUCUUUCGCAGAUAUUGAUGCGACGACAUUUUACAGCCUGUCCCCGGUAAUGUUAGCGGCCGAGCGGAGAAUGGACGAUGUGGUCGUGUACCUUGUCAACAUGGGCGCUGACAGGACAGAUCUUGAUGUCCCCGAGAUAUCGGACAGUGAGGAUGAAUUAGAGGACAUGGAGGUUGAAUUCAAAGACAUGAAGAUACAUGUAUACGGCGUCCCAGUUCACCAGUCAACCUGAACACAAACCGAGCGGGAGCUCGCUUGCAAAAAAAGAAAGACGAUCUAUCUAUGUUAAUCAUUUGAGAUUGUCUGAUGAAACUCAGGUAUGGACUCAGGAACUGCAGACACAGAGCAGGGUGUCUUGGAGAUGAGGGUGGGGAGAGGAGAUGGGCGAUGUUGGGUGAUGGUCCGCGGAUAGGAUCACGCGCUAUUGAUAGAGAAGGACAACUUUGAGACACAAUUGGAGAAGACAUUGGAGAGAGACGAAAGUGAUCAAACACAGAAAAGAACAUGCAAGCACAUCCAGAGACAAUUUUCUCUAUGUACUGUAGGCCCUUUUGGCAAAAUGAUUAUUAUUGCUUGUAAAAGAUGUGUCAGCAAUCGCCAUCUAAAUAAAUUCUUCGGCCAUUGUCUUGGUCGGGACGAUAUAAAGGAGACAUGAACAUAAGAACAUUCGGGAUUUUAUUUCAGACCCUGAAACGGCGAAAGAUAGAUUAUCCAUGUUAAUAAUUGUUGAGCAAACAUAUUUUUUUCCGAAACUGUUGACAGGACAUGCCGGAAAUCUCGGAAGAAAUAUCCUGCACAAGAUGUAGAUCAAACACUUACACGAGGAAGUUUGACGCGGUGCUUCCGAUCAUGAUGUUGGUAAUUCCACUGUGGAAAUUGUAAAUGCGUCGAUUUUAGUUUUA